CAGGAGUCUCCAUGGCAACUACAGCCUCGGUCUCGCCGCUCCAGCCCCUCGCCCGCCCCGCCCCGGCUGCGAAGCGUCUGGAACUGCAUCCUCCGCAUACACAUCCGCAUCCGUCCUCCCGCAACCGAGUCCUGCAGCAGCUGCCGUUGGAACCGCCAGAGGAGGGCCACCAUCCACCAUGGUGAAGCUGGGCUGCAGCUUCUCCGGGAAGCCGGGCAAAGACCCCGGCGACCAAGAUGGAUCUUCCAUGGACAGCGUUCCUCUGAUCAGCCCCCUGGAUGUCAGCCAGCUGCAGCCUCCAUUUCCUGACCAAGUGGUCAUCAAGACACAGACUGAAUAUCAGCUGUCAUCCCCGGACCAGUCAAAGAAAUUCUCAGACCUGGAGGGGCAGAAGCUGAACUGCAACCACCCAGAGGAAGGUCGAAGGCUGCCCACAGCCAGGAUGAUUGCCUUCGCCAUGGCACUCCUGGGCUGUGUGCUCAUCAUGUACAAGGCCAUCUGGUACGACCAGUUCUCUUGCCCGGAUGGAUUCCUGCUUCGGCACAAGAUCUGCACGCCGCUGACCCUGGAGAUGUAUUACACCGAGAUGGACCCUGAGCGUCACCGCAGCAUCCUGGCCGCCAUUGGGGCCUACCCCCUGAGCCGCAAGCAUGGCACCGAGAUGCCUGCGGCCUGGGGGGACAGCUACCGUGCUGCCAAGGAAGCGCACAAGGGACCCACCCAGGCGGGGGCUGCAGCGACAGUGGCAGCCACGGAGCAACCCGGAAAGCCCUCCGCGAAGAGCGAGAAAGAAGAGGAGCAGAAGGCCACGGCCAGCGCUCCACCACCCGCACCUCAGUGACCACGACUGACGCCGUGCUGGGGACCCAGGCGUCCCCUGCUAGCUCCUGUGACCAGCCAGUCGCCUGAUGCUCUCCUACCUUGUGUUUGUGCCCCUUUCCCCAGACACCAUGCUGAAGCCUCUGCCCUCGGUGGGCCUCUGCCCUCCGUGGGCCUCUAGCUUUAUCGCUUUUAUGUAAGUAAAAACUGACAUCUA